UAAUCUCGUGCUACAUGUUAUUGAGGAUAUUCUCACUUGCUACUGGAGUCGAGACUUGUGAUAAAUGUUGUGGGGAUAGGGAAAAAGGAUCAGAGGAUUCAUCACAGUUUACGCACGUGUCAAGAAAAAAAUCGUUACUUCAUUGAGAGUCGACAUAGAUAUAAGACAGAAUCCACAGGUAUUUAUGGGAAACGUUUGUCUGAUUAAAAGGACUACAAUUUGAAACUUCAAUAUGCGCUAUCAUCCAUAUUUUUGGUUCAAUGUUGAAGCAUCUUUUCUUAUUUUGAUUGCUGCGACUUUGGAUGUUGUUUUACCAUUUGGUUUCCAUAGCAUUGGAUUUGUUACACCAAACAGGAGAGAAUCAACUUUUGUGGAUCCCAUACUUGGGCCUUAUAAAAAGGAAACAAAUGAAAUACCCGUUUGGAGAAAGUUUCACUACUGGAAAAGAAAGAGAAAUGAUUUGUAUGAAAAUCAAUUUCCUGUAAUAGAAUCCCAAUCCAAGAAUGAACCUAUUAUUUCUAAUACUGAUACAGAUGUGUUAUUCAACGAACCCAAACUUUAUGACCCCUUUGAUCUAGACGAUUUUCCAAGUACACCCAAUGAUGAUCUAAAUCCAGACUUGGAUUUGACUGACCUACUUUCAGACGCACCAUCUGAUCAGGGUGAUUCAGGAGUAUGGCAGACCAGUGAACAAGAUAAAAGUUCAGAAAAUCUUCUGUCCAAACUUCUUUUACAAGACAGUGAAAACCAAAACAAAGGUGGUUUCCAUAAGAAUGAGAUCAAAACGAGAAGUCCAUUAACUCCAAGAGAAGGGUUUUUUCCAUCCGGGGUGAAUUGUGCAAAGACUAUUUCACUAAGUGGAACAACAAAUUGCUUGCAAGAUGAAGAUUGUAAAGAUUGUUACGGAUUCGUUUUUCAUUGUGAGAGCAAUUUCUGUAAGCCUGGGCCACGACCAAGUUGUUCUGGGGGCUGUGCAGAUUUGACAGACACAUUUCCAUCUUUUGCCCUUAAGUGAAAAACUUCUCACAAAACGAAAAUGGAACCUUUGAAUCAGAACAUGUAAGACGGAACACAGAUAGACAUGCGACG